UUGUGUAAUGCCAACCAUUUUGUCACUGCUUUAUUACGUAAUAUGUCCCUAUAAAUAAAGAAGAGCCCUUUCUCUUUACCACUUUCGCCAGGAUCCCGCAGGAAGAACAGUUAACAUUUACAAGACAAGAUCUGCGUAAGAUUCUUACUCACAAUGUCUUCAUUGGUUAAGAAGGAUAUGUGCAUCAAGAUGACCAUGGAAGGGACAGUAAAUGGUCACCACUUCAAGUGCGUAGGAGAAGGAAAAGGCAAGCCAUUUGAAGGUACCCAGGUGGAAAAGAUAAGAAUCACUGAAGGAGGUCCCUUACCAUUUGCGUACGAUAUUUUGGCACCUUGUUGCAUGUAUGGAAGCAAAACCUUCAUCAAGCAUGUCUCAGGGAUUCCAGAUUACUUCAAGGAUUCUUUACCUGAAGGAUUCACUUGGGAAAGAACCCAAAUCUACGAGGAUGGAGGCUAUCUUACCAUUCACCAGGACACAAGCAUACAGGGAGAUAGCUUUAUUUUCAAGGUUAAAGUCAUCGGUGCCAACUUCCCUGCCAAUGGUCCCGUGAUGCAGAAGAAAACAGCCGGAUGGGAACCAUGCGUAGAGAUGCUUUAUCCACGUGACGGAGUCCUGUGUGGGCA